AUUAAGCACUCUAGUCGAUUCUAUAUUUCGAAUCUGGUGUUUCUCUUCUUUUCAAUUCCCAUUCAAUUUCGAUACUGCGUAAAAACGACGCCGGCGAUCCUCAGCUAUUCUUUAUCUCUUUCUCGGGUUGAAGGAUUAUGUUCUUCUCGAGGUUUUGUAAGCUAGGAGUUCAUGCUAUCGGGAACUUGGAAAAAUCUGCUACUCUAACAGUGAGGACUUCAUACGCCCCCAAGGCUCAUAAUCAGUAUUUAGGCUCAGUGAGAAACAAAUUUUUUUGCAGUACAGCACCUCAAGACAAGGAAACAAUAAAUGUAAUAUUUUGCGACAAAGAUGGAGAAGAGACGCAUAUAAAGGUCCCAGUUGGGAUGUCGAUGCUAGAAGCUGCACACGAGAAUGACAUAGAACUUGAAGGGGCAUGUGAAGGAUCUCUUGCAUGUUCCACCUGUCAUGUAAUCGUGAUGGACGUGGACCAAUAUAACAAAUUAUCUGAGCCAACCGAUGAGGAAAAUGACAUGUUAGAUCUGGCAUUUGGCCUGUCAGAAACAUCUCGUCUAGGUUGUCAAAUCAUUGCCAAACCCGAACUUGACGGACUGCGUUUAGCCAUACCUGCAGCUACACGGAACUUUGCUGUUGAUGGAUUUAAGCCAAAACCUCAUUAGAUCAUAUUCUUGCAUAUAGAAGAUGGAAAUAAGUCCCUUCGGUGGCUGGUGAACUGUUUCCGAGUGGUUGAUGUUUCGCCGCCUUUCUUUAUGGUUGUAUCUCCGGAGAAGGCUAGGCUUCUGAGUAACUAGUGGUGUAAUGAGCGUUAUGUCACAGUAAACGAGAUAAUUCAUUUUUGAAGGAGAGCACAGCUUCAUUGCUUGCGUUCUUAA